AAACCGCCCGUAAACGAAAUAUACACAGGUAGAAUCUAUUGACUAUUUCUAUUGAACAUAAAUGAUAUUUACAUAAUACCAAAUACGUUUUUGAUGUACAUUUCAUGAUUACUUUCAUAACACAUCAUUUGAAGGAUUUUAAAGCUCCACAAAACAACGAAUAUGGAUAUACUUAAAGAUCAUAUUUCUACUGGAUUUUUUUUUAUAUUUCUUUCCAUUUUUGUGAUCAACAGAAUGGAAAUAGUAGACGCCGAAUGUCAUUUGCCUGAAAAUCUGAGAAAUUCAGAUUGGGAAUAUAAAUACACACAAGUAUCAGACAAUUCAGAACAAUCAAAAAUACUCACAAUCUCAACUACAACGCUACAGAAUUCCGUCAUCAAUUUAAAUGCUUUUGGGACAACAAUAGACGAUUGGACUUGCAUAAAUAGUUUAACCAUCUCUAGCACAGAGGGAGUUAUGGUUUUCAAAAGUGACACAAGCUUUACCGAUGGAGGUUUGACAUCAGGAAACAGGCUUUAUCUAUGUAUGAAAUUUACAGAAGUUACCUCCGAUUUAUAUUACUUUUACCUUUUGUCAGAUAUUUAUACUGACGUAAAUCCGAAUGAGAGAGUGUUCGUGUCAACUAACACAGCUGAUGAUGCUUCAAUAUGUAACACUUUCUGUCAGUACACAGAGACACCGAAAAUUCGUACAUUAAGAAAAUCAGGUACAAGUGACAGCUUGCCCAGCAGUACACCUUUAUGUGAGUGUGGCAGCUCAUGCAGCAGUAGAGCUUAUUCUAUAGGUUUCAACAAAACUUGGACAAUUGUCUUUGUGGCCAUAGGACUUGUGUUUAACAGUCAUAAUCGAUAGCUAUGAACAUAAAAAACAGACUACAAAUGGUGCCAAUCUUUAGACAAGUAGGAUACAGUUUAUUGCUGAAAAGAUUUCCGGAAAGCUUUCUAUUAAACGUUCUUGCCAAUUAUGCAGUUUACAUUCAAAAUGAAAAUGUAACUAAACGUUUUCUACAAAAAUAGUUAGAGCGGAUCACUAAAAAUACAUGUACAAACAGUUUAAAUAUAUCAACGAAAAUUAAUUGUGCAAUUAUGCAAUUAAAGAUCAAGGAGGAUGAACUAUAAUUAUCAUUAACGCGUUUGCAGUUAGCUUCUAUUAUUCAUCAUUGUUUUAGAGGAUUUCCACAUGGAAUCAAACACCUUUCCAAAGACUUCCAAUAUACGUUUUAUUUUUAUAUCUCUCUCGUCUUUCAAGCACUUACGGACAAAACAAACACUCCAGUCAUAAGUGUUCAAUGAAUGGGGAAGUGUUUAACCCCUUAGUCAAUGAUAACAUUGCAAUAUUAUUUUUAAAAGUGAAAAUUUGAAUAGUAUAUUUUAUAUCAGUUCAUCUGUACUGAGAUUUUUAUUGCAUUGUAUAAGACACUAUUUUUGCAAAAUUACACAUUAAGUUAUACUAACUUACUUUUAAUCUUUCGAUUAAUUCGUUAUAGAAGAUUAAGAUGUUCACAAGGAUUUUCUAAAUACGUGUGCCAUAUGCCUACCAAAACUUAUGAAUGAAAUCUGGAUUGGUUGUAAUGAUGCAUUUUUUAUUAUUUCCUUACGCGGAAGCAUCAGAUGCGCCACUUUAAUGCACUUAUGUUUACACUUCAUAUUUUAAGCACAGCUAAGUCUGUCUAAUAUGGAGACCAGUUUGUGACGAAUACAGAAAAAAAAAUUGUGCGCGCAAAAUAAUAUAAUGUGCGCAAAAAAUAUUAUAAUAUGCGCACAAAAUAUUAAACUGUGCCCACAACAUAUUAAAAAGUGCGCGCAAAAUAUUAUAAUGUGCGCACAAAAUAUUAUAUUGCGCCACAAAAUAUUUAUGUUGUGCGCACAAAAUAUUUAUAUAGUGCUGUAAAGGUUCCCAACGGGGCUCCGUAGUCUAAUUCAUUUGUGGGAACAUCACAGUUAUAUAUACUACAUGUAGUAUAAAUAUCAUUAGUUUAUUCUUUUGUUACGAAUAAUAAUCAUUUUUGUUGGACGUGCAUAAACAUUUAGUUCAAAAUCUAGUUUGAUUUUUGUUGAAAAAAGAGUACAAGUUUAUAUGAGCCAAUUUUUUAUUUUGGAUAAGAACGCCCACUUUGUGUGCUUCGCGCCAUAUUAGGCUACUAUGUAAAUUAUUUGCUGAUUUAUAUCGAAAGCUAUGAACAAUAACAAUGUUGUUAAUUUCAAGCGAAAUAAUAACAAAAGUGGCUCGAACUUUUAAUUUGUUUCAAAGUCUAACUCGAACCUGAUCUUUAACUAAAUUGAGUUUCAUUGACGUUUGUCAAAUCUAUUUUGAUCACCAGGGGAUGGGGGAGGGGUCUCUUCCUAUAUAAAGGUAUACACAGACGUGCCACUGGUAUGGGUCACUUUUUGGAAUGUCAAAUAUAUCAAUGGGGUGCAUUUUCACGAAGGUAAUAUACCAAUGGGUAGAAAUUUAUAUGUCAAUGGGUCAUAAAUUUUAAGGUGUCUGUAAAACCUGUGUUCUGAUCUAUUUACCUAAUAAUAUGAAAGAUCCUGUGUGGUUAACGUCUGAAUAAGAUGUCGUGAUAGCUGGGGAAUAUAUUAAAAUGGGUUUUGAUGUGCCUAUGACAUAUAUAAAUGGGUAGGGAUUUUCUCAAAAAUCAAUAUAUGAAUAGGGGGUGUUUUUAAAUCCCAGCCUGACGUCUAUACCUAUAUUUGUACGUUAAGAUGAUGUCAACUUUUGUCUAUAUGUUUUAUUGUAUAAUAAUUUAUUGAUACAAAGAAUUAUAUUGUUAACAUUUAAAUUGUGACGUAACAGAUUAUGGAAUUAGAUUUGCUUGCUACCUUGAUGCAAUGUUACGCAGCGGACUAUUUUCAUAUUACCGACUUUUGACUCCGGAUUAUAGAAUUUUUCAACAGGUUAUCUUUUCUGUGGUUGGACAUCCUGGUACUCGGUCCAGUAGGAGCAACCAAAAAAAGUAAAAUCAAACAUAUAAUUGCUGUUAUUUGAGGGGUAAGUUUACUGUUUUCCGAUGAUUUUGUCGUGUAAAGAAAAUGUAAAGCAGUUAAUUUCCCCAUAAAAUUGUACCGAUUGAAAACUUGGUUUUACUUCUUUACUUUGCUCUUACUUGACUUGGUACCAGGAUGUCCUACCACAGAAAAGGUAACCUGUCGAAAAAUUAUAUAUAACGGAGUCAAAAGUCGGUAAUAUGAAAAUAGUAACGUUUUAGUGCAAAAGGGACAGCGUAAAACACACAAACGGCGAAUAAGAGAAACAGAAAAUCCUGCAUCACGUUCGUCCGUGAAAAUGUUUUUCAAAUUAGCAAACAGUGGACCAUUUAUCUGUAGAAUUAGAACGCCUGUUUAGCAAUCUUCUCAAAACCUGUAUAUUGUUAAAUCCCUUUGCACAGUACUAUCGUUUUAAAAUAUUAAAGGCAAAAGUGUUAUUAUUACAUCACCGAAACAGUGGCCAGUUUAUCUGCUACUUGAUCUGUCAAAACAAGCAUGGCGUAGUGUAUCGACGACACCGAGGCUGUAUGUGGUGCAUACAUCAAUGCCUGAGGUUGUCAAUGUUGUCUUACUAAUAAAUGAAGACUGCUUGAUUUUUUAAUUUCCUUCAUUGUAAAUAUACCUUCCAUUGUGUUCAAUUUCCGCCUCUUUUUAUCAUGCAAUAAUAGUUAUGUAUAAUCAUUUUUAUUUUAUUUUUAAAUAAAUAAAUAAAUAUGGAAAAGAAA